AUGUUAACUCAUACAGAAUCAAUAAUUAGUCCACUAAUUUGCCAUAACUACAAUCUGUUUAAUAAACAAACUCACAUGUACCACCCUAUUAUAUCUGACAGUUCCACUUUACACAGUAAUCAGAUAGCCUCUUGUACAACUAUUCAUAAAAACAACAACAGUGAUAGUAGUAACACUGCUAACAUAAACAAUAAUUCCAAUAGGAAUAAUUUACAUUUCAGAAAUAAGCCUGAUUACACAGAAGUAGCUGAAAUACGAACAUUGACAGCAUCAGAGUCACUUAAGAACAUGUGUCAGUCUUUUGAUUUGGGAACAAAACAGCUGAAUAAUGGUAAUGAUAACAAUGAUCAUCGUCAAAGUAAUGAAUCGCAGUAUUAUCAGUCAAUGCAGUAUUUAAACUCAUGCCUAUUUAAGUCACUACAAUUAAAUUUCGCAUCAUCCAAUGAAGCAUGCCACGGCUAUAAUCAUCAAAACAAUGAAAUAAAUGAGGAACUUUCAUCGGAUUAUACAAAAAACAAGUUAUCACAUGGAUCAAUAAUGAGAAAUAAUGAGACUUUAAAAGAUAGUCUGUCAGCAUCAGCUAUUCCAGUCAAAACGUCACCAUCUCUGUCAACAUCCUUACCUGUUUCACUCUCAUCAUCUAGUAUACAUUCAUCAUUGUAUAGUGAAUCAAAUGGGGUCCAACUUCCAAUAAGCGAUUUAUUCUCUUAUAAACAAGGAAGAGAUGAAAUAUUUAAUAAACUUGAAACGGUGAAUGAAUCAGUAAAUGAAUGUCAGAAUUCUCUUACGGAAGAUCUCUCGCUUAUGUUGAAUUUCCCUGAUUCAAUUUCAGAUGGUAAUCAGUCUUCAAACCACUCAUUGAAUAAUAACAAUAAUAAUAACAUCAGUAAUAACAACAAUAUUAUACAUCAUGCAGAUGAAAUAAAAACCAACUUAACUUACACAAUUGAUCGAAUUUUGUUAUCGGAACACGAAUCACCAAACUCUGAUUUGCUAUUAAGUGUAUCAAAUCACUUAACUAAUACACUGACAGAUUCAAACCACACAAAAAAAUUGACUCAAUGUAAUUCCGAUAAUGUUAAUACUGGAAAUCAGAGUUACGUAAACGAUGAAUGGCUUUCUACUGAUCAGUUAAUUAAUGGCUCUAAUUCUACUAAUAAUUGUAGACCAACACAACCAUUCUUUUCAUCUUCAUUGGCUGAACAGUCAUCAUUGUCUUCUUCGUCAUGUUCACAAACAGGUUUUCAAUUUUGGUUUAGUAUAUUUUAUAAACUUUGGUUGGAACAAUUCAAUCAAGUUCAAUCAAAACCAAUUGAUUUCAGUCAGUCUGUGUCAGGGAUGAGUUCGAAGAAAACAGAUGAAAUUCAGUUUAAAUCAUUUCCGUUUAGUAAUAACAUAAAUAUUCAUGCUGAUAACGGUAGUGAUAGUUUUCUAUUCAAUUCAUCAAUACAUCCUUCAGUGAAUACAUCGAAUGAUUUUCGGACGUUAGAAAGUUUUACAGAAAACCUUUUUGUGAAACCAUCUCACAUGAAAGAGGAUUCUUAUCACCGAUCAGAUUCAUUGUCUUUAAACACUAAUUCUACACUGUCCCCUCAAUCAUGUUGCAUUACAAAUGAUAUCAGCAACAAUAAACGUAAUCAGAACGAUAACUCGAAUGCUGACUCUGAAUACAAACAACAACCCUUGAACAGAAUGUGCGAAAAUGGUACAAAUCUAAAUACAGCACACUUUAGUGAUUUAAAAAAUAUUUCCCAGUCAGUUUCUCAACCUCCUCAAUCAAAAACGAGCAACAGUCCGGAUAAAAAUGAAUAUGAUUAUGCUCAUAACUUAUUUUCAUUUCAGAUGAAUAAAAUUACAACUCCUUGUAGUAAUCCUUUGAUGACAAUAUUAACACCAUGUACGAAGAAAUAUAGUGAGCACCACUAUAAUUACCCACUACCUACUUCAAGUCACUCUCUUCCUUCUCAAUCGAUAACAUCGACUGAAAACUCAAAAUACUCAGUAAAUGUUGUACACAAGUCAUCGAUUUUAUCUAACUAUAGAUUACAUUCAAACUACUCAAGACUACGUGGGAAAUCCGUGAUUAGUGGUAACAUUUCAAACGAUAAUUUACAACAACGUGGGUACCGAGCUUUACCAUUCCCAUUAACAAAACGCGAUGGCCGCAUGCAUUACGAAUGUAAUAUAUGUCGCAAAACUUUUGGACAGUUAUCUAAUUUAAAAGUGCAUUUACGUACACAUACAGGUGAAAGACCAUUCCGUUGUGAUACAUGCCAUAAGGGCUUUACGCAGUUGGCUCAUUUACAGAAGCAUAAUUUAGUACAUACCGGUGAAAAACCACAUCAAUGUACAGUGUGCGGGAAACGUUUUAGCAGCACAAGUAACUUAAAAACACAUUUACGACUACAUAGUGGUGAAAAACCAUUUGCGUGUAAGUUAUGUACAGCCAAAUUUAGCCAAUUUAUUCAUCUAAAAUUACAUCGGCGUUUACACGCCAACGAAAGACCAUUUAUUUGCCCAAGAUGUCAUCAUAAAUUUCUCGAUUCAAAAGGACUGAAGCAACACUGGAGACGAGGAAUCUGUUAUUCUUGCGAAGAAUUACCUCCAGGUAACUGGAGUGAUAUGGAUGGUGAUGAGGAUGCUACUGAAACUCAAGUCAGAAAAACACCUUCAGUAAGUUCCAGUAAUCACAGACAACAACAGCACAAGCGUUCAAAUAGAAUUUGUGAUAUGGACAUUACGGAUGGCAGUGAUAUUAGCCACAUUACUUCCACGACUACUGAUAAAGGAACUAAUAAAAGACGCCAUUUUCCGACAAAUAUGAUUCCAAUGUAUAUAACACCAUAA